AUGGCGAAAACCGCAAAACUAAAGAAGCGCCAAUCAACCCUCCACUCCCGCGCCUCCCGCCGCGCCCUUUCACCCCCCACUGCCAUUACUCUCUCGAAAUCCCUCUCAACUACAACCACGACCAGCUCCCGUCCCUCCACAACACCAAAUCCACACGUCCUAGCCGCACACUCCGCCGGCAUUACUAAGAAACCUAAAUUCAAGCAGCUAAAGCGGCAACAGCGAAUACGCCACCAAAAAGGCCUGGAGCGCGCGGCUGAUGUGUUGGAUAAGAGGGAGCUGAAGGUGCAGAAGUCUGUGGGAAAGGAGAGGAAGGUUCGGGACAGGAAGAAGGGGUGGGAGGAUGUUAAUGAGAGUAGGUUGAAGGUCAAGAGUAGAAUGGGUUUUGAGGCGUUGGAAGAGGAUGGUGGUUCAAGAAGGGAGAGAGAAUGGGUCAGUGAUGAGGAGAUGCCUGAGGUCGAGGUUGCGGCUGAGAGUGAAGGAGAUGAAGUACUGGGGCUUGGGAUUUCUGGGGAGGUUAAGGAGGUUGUGGUGCCUGAGAGUGUGCCGCUGCCUGUUGCUUCGGCAUUUGAAGAGGAUGAGCUGCUUUGA